AUGAAUCAAAAUGAAGAAACGGAUAAUGACACAAAAGAUGUACAUCAACAGCGCAAUGAUCGCUCUAAUUCCCCGACAACUUCGAAUCAGGAGAAUAGAAACAUACAUAAAAUUAGACCACACGUAUGUAAAACGUGUAAUAAAGGAUUUCAGUCUAAAGCCGAUUUGAGUCGUCAUGACAGAAUUCAUAAAAACGAAAAGCCUUAUAAAUGUGAUAUUUGUGGUCACAUGACUAGGACCAAAGGUAACCUAAUAUCGCACAUGGUGUCAAUGCAUAAGAAAGAUGAACGUUUCAAAUCUAAUAAGGAUCUAUAUACUGGAUGGGUAUCAUACACAUGCAGAACGUGUAAUAAAGAGUUUAAGAAUAAAUACAAUUUGCGUAUUCAUGAGAGAAUUCAUAAUGACGAAAAGCCUUAUAAAUGUGAUAUUUGUGGUCACAUGACUAGUACCAAAGGAAAUCUAUCAUCGCACAUUCUGGCAAUUCAUAAUAAGCAUACUGGAGGUAAAUCAUACAAAUGCGGAACGUGUAAUAAAGAGUUUAAGAAUAAAUACAAUUUGCGUAUUCAUGAGAGAAUUCAUAAUGACGAAAAGCCUUAUAAAUGUGAUAUUUGUGGUCACAUGACUAGGUCCAAAUAUAAUCUAUCAGCGCACAUUCUGGCAAUGCAUUUCGAUGAUGAACGUUUCAAGUCUAACAGGCAUCUUUAUACUGUAGGUAAAUCAUACAAAUGCGGAACGUGUCAUAAAGAGUUUAAGGGCAAAUGGCAUUUUAAUAGGCAUGUAAAAACUCAUACAGGCGAAAAACCUUAUCAAUGCAAGUUAUGUGAAUUUAAAUGUAGUCAAAAGGAAAACCUAACAAGUCACGUGAAAAGUAAGCACAGAAAUGAUGAACGUUUAAAGUCUAAUAAGGACGUAUACACUGGAGGUGUAUCAUACAAAUGCGAAACGUGUAAUAACGAAUUUAAGAGUAAAGCGCAUUUGCAUAUUCAUGAGAGAACUCAUAUAGGAGAAAAACCUUAUCAUUGUGAAUUUUGUGGAGAUAUGUUUAGGUGGGUACAUCAAGUACUGAAUAUCAAGAAAAAAGGAAUUACUUGGUAA